AUAGGCUAUAGUAAUUCGGCGGCGAUCCUGUUAUUUCGAAGUUUCGGUGGCCAACACACAACUUUGAUUCUUCGAUUCUUCUCCUCCUUUUCAUUUUUAUUUCUCCGUCUCAUCUUUCUUUUUCCUUUCUUUGGAUUUUUCUACCAUUCCACGAUGAUUCUACCGUGAUCUCUCUGGAAGACAUUGUUUUAAUUCUGCAAUUUUCUGUAUCGCGCCACUUCGUCUUCGGUUUGAUGCUUCUCUCUUUUACUGAAAACCAUUUUUUAUUACUCUUCCUGUUUCCUCAAUAUUCCUUGAUCGUUCUUCUGAUUCUCUCUCUUAGAUCGAUGGAUGUGAAAUUAUUGUUAUGGAUACAUUCUGCUUUUAUCUCCGAUGGAGGAUUUGAAUACCUAUGGAUACCAGCGCCACCUAUCACAAUUGAUAUCGUUUGAUUUGUUUUCCACCAAAUGUGAUUCCACAAUUGGAGCUACCAUUUCAAAACUUCUUUUGUGUGUUCGCCAUCGGUUACUUUUCCUUCUUUCUUCAUCAAGUGUUGGCUCGGGAAGUUGAUUGUUCCUCUUUAACUCUGUCUCAAUCGGUAAUAAAUAUCGAUACUUUAGGGUUUUUGGACCAUACAAUCUCCCUUGAUCAGUAGUCUCUCCAACCUCAUCAUCGCACAGUAUUUGUUUAAUUCUAUUUUCCUUUCGUUGUAAGCCAAUUCAUUCCUUCAAUUCUCCGUUUCCUGUUCCAAAUUUCGAAUAAGAGCCUCAAAACCUUGUUCUAGCUCAAGCAGAUAAAAGAUUAAGAAGAAUAUUCCUUUAAAAAAUAAACAAAAACAAACCCAUUCUCAAAAACCAGUUAUAAAUUGUAACUACAAUCCUCUGUCCCUUUCUCUAUAUAGAAUUAGAAAUCAUGGGUUGUGUAACCUCCAAGCAUUCCCAUGAGCGAUGCCGCCACUGCGGAAGAAGUCCAGCGCCUCUCUGGCGUACCCGCUCGGCGUCAGGCCGCCGCUCUUCCCAACGGAAAAGGGGGAAUUAUCACGUCGUCUCCCUCCCGUCCCACAGAAUGGAUUCUCUCAAGCUCGACACCGAUCACCAAUACCAGAACAGCAUUGAGAAUUACAUCAGUGACGACAAGGAAAACAAUGUAAGGCAAAUUGCAGAAAGCAUCAAAAGAGACAAUUUCAAUAGCAAGGAAUUCGCCACCGAGAUUACUGAAGCCAAGGGCUCUUCCGACCUGAGCAACGCAAAGAUCCCCAAGGUAAUUCCUAGAACGCCCACCAUAACACCUCCGGGCGAACCAGAAACCAUCAAUGCAUGGGAAUUGAUGGAAGGCUUAGAAGACGCCAGCCCAGUCCCACUCUCCAAUCUCGUCAAUGGUUCCUUCUCUUUCAACGCCGUCGAACUUUCCAAGCCAAAAGUACAAGACUACGGCACGGCAUCACCGAAGCCAUUGUGGCUCCAGUUGUCAGAGGAUACGGAUUCAAAUUCAAAUUCCAUAGUCCCCGAUUUUGAUCCGGAAAUAAUAUCCACGUUCAGGAAAGCCCUAGAAGAGCUGUCCCCGACGAACCCUUUCUGCCUCCAACCGCCGGAGCACGAAAACGAGGACUCCCCAGUUCAGAAUAGGUGGUUGCUGGUGUCGUCUAAGGAUGAUGUAUUGGACGAUGCAAACGUACAAGGGGAGAAGCAGGAGAAGGUGAAAGAUGGUAACAUCGUCAUUUCCAAUGACGAUACAAACGUACAAGGGGAGAAGCAGGAGAAGGUGAAAGAUGGUAACAUCGUCAUUUCCAAUGACGAUACAAACGUACAAGGGGAGAAGCAGGAGAAGGUGAAAGAUGGUAAUGUCGUCAUUGCCAAUGGGUGCCCGCCUGGUGGAGAGGACAAGGUGGUGAUAUACUUUACGAGCCUGAGAGGAGUGAGGAAGACGUAUGAGGACUGUUGUAAUGUGCAGGUGAUACUGAUGGGGUAUAGAGUUCGGGUCGACGAGAGGGAUGUUUCGAUGCAUUACGGUUUCAGGGAGGAGUUGAAUGAGUUGUUUGGAGAUGGAUUCAAGGGUGGUCUGCCGAGGGUGUUCGUGAAUGGGAAGUACAUCGGUGGAGCCGACGAAAUACAACAAAUGCACGACGACGGACAACUCAGAAAGGUUAUCGGAGAUUGUGAGGUGGUGAACGAUGGAUGGAGCGACGAAGAUGGCGGUGGCGGUGGAGUAUGCGAGACUUGUGGGAAUAUUAGGUUUGUGCCCUGUGAGACGUGUUACGGUAGCUGUAAGCUAUAUUUCGAAGGAGAUGAAUGCGAAUUUCAGAGUGGGUUUCAACGAUGCCCUGAUUGUAACGAGAACGGAAUCGUACGUUGCCCUGUUUGCUGCUCUCUAUACUAGCUUCGUUACCAAACUCUUUUGGAUUUUGACUUGUAAUUUUGCAAAAACCAAAAUCAAUCAAAAUCUUUUAUUUUUUUUCUGUAUGUUUUUUUUCUUUUUGGAUUGUACAGUGAGAAAUUUUGAGGAUUAUUGUGUAGAGGGUGAUGGUUGCUGAUAAAGGGGGAAAGAAAGAUGGUACAGUUGCACAUUCA